AGCACUUCCAUCACCAUGAGGGCGACAGUGGCAGCUCUCCUCCUGUGUCUUGUGGUAUCAGCAUGCCGCAGCCAAGAAACUCCACCUGGCCCUCCUGGACCAACUGAGGGGCCACAACCAACUGGCCCACCAACCGGAGGUCCUGAUCCAACUGGUCAACCAACAGGAGGUCCUGAACCAACUGGACCACCAGGUCCACCAACUGGAGGUCCUGAACCAACUGGAGAGCCUCAACCAACUGGUGGGCCUGAACCAACUGGAGGCCCCCAGCCAACUGGCGAACCUCAGCCUACUGGAGGACCUCAACCUACUGGACCACCAGCGCCGCCUAUCCGUAUUUGGCGUGGUGUUUUCUAGUGAUGCAAGAUUAGCGCACCAGGAAACAUUAAAGGAUUUCAACUCUU